GAGAGAGAGAGAGAGAGAGAGAGAGAGAGAGGUAGUCAGGGUAACAAACAAAGUAAACGUAACAAAAUCAUGGAGGGGGCUUUAAUGUUCACUUCCGCCCCGGCACGGCCUUCUUGCUUUGCGCAUGGCAUCUUCAAUCAGUUCCAUCUCAAUUCGACCUCUUCAUCUACUCUCAGAAGAAAACCCAUCUCCAUUAAAGCCGCGGCUAACAGCUACAGAAAGUCACUCGCCUCAGACUGGAAUGUCUCUAACUCUACUGGCCCUUGGAUGCCCAGAUUGGACGAGCUCGAUACAACCAACAUGCUUCUCCGCCAGAGAAUCGUCUUUCUGGGCUCUCAGGUGGAUGACAUGACUGCAGAUUUGAUUAUAAGUCAGCUGCUGUUUCUAGAUGCUGAAGAUGAGAAGAAAGACAUUAAGUUGUUUAUAAAUUCACCUGGUGGUUCUGUAACUGCUGGAAUGGGUAUAUACGAUGCAAUGAAGUUGUGCAAGGCAGAUGUCUCUACUGUUUGCUUGGGUCUUGCAGCAUCUAUGGGUGCAUUUCUUCUUGCUUCAGGAACAAAAGGAAAGAGGUUUUGCAUGCCAAAUUCGAGAGUGAUGAUCCACCAGCCUCUUGGUACUUCUGGGGGAAAAGCAACAGAGAUGGGGAUACGUAUAAGAGAAAUGAUGUACCACAAAAUUAAGCUGAACAAAAUAUUGUCAAGAGUCACAGGGAAGCCUGAACAGCAGGUUGAAGCAGACACUGACCGUGAUAAUUUCAUGAAUCCUUGGGAGGCAGUGGAAUAUGGGCUGGUGGAUAUAGUCAUCGAUGAUGGUAAACCAGGGUUGGUUGCACCAAUUGCUGAUGCAACGCCGCCUCCCAAAACCCGUGUAUGGGAUACAUGGAAAAUUGAAGGGAGCAGAAAAGCCAAGAAGAAUUUGCCCUCAGAGCAUAAGCUUCUACAGAAUGGGUUCAAAGAGGGUCUAAAAGGUGACGAGGAGCAGCCAGAAAAGGAAGCAACCACACCAGUAUGAGAUGAUAUACAGCCCUUCCCUACCCUGCCUAACUUGUAUGAUUAUGUUCUCAAGGUCUGGCAGCUCGAGGUUGCAAGGAGUUCACAAUGCUUGCUGAACAUUGAAGAAUCAAUUAUGGAUUGAGAUCAUCGAAAGAAAAAUCUGAGUACAUAUUUAGUUAAAUCGAUCAAAUUCAUAGUACAAUUUAUAAUUCUCAGCUUGUUUAAUUUUAAAACCAGCAUUUGCAAGCAGAAGACCAAGUUAUUUGCUUACCAUUACAUUUUAAGAAGCAAAAGUUUUUUCCUUCCAGACUU